AUGAGCUUGACCGAUAAUGAAAAGUCUUUGAUUUCGUCGAAAUUGACUUUGGAAGAAGUCCGUCUUAAUCUUUUUAGUAUGGACCCCACCAAAUCUCCGGGGCCUGAUGGAAUUCAACCUAUUUUCUUUCAAAGAUUUUGGAGUGACUUGGGGAAUUCUAUUUACAAAUUUUGUGUCACCUGUUUUGAAAAUGGUAAGGUCCCUUCGGAUAUUAAUUACUCUUAUAUUGCCCUAAUCCCUAAAAUCUCAGGACCUUCUUCUAUCACUGAAUUUAGACCUAUUGGACUGUGUAAUACCAUUUACAAAUUAAUCACGAAAAUAAUUUCCUCUAGAUUGAAGCUAGUUUUACACCGCAUUAUUAGUCCCUUACAAUCUAGUUUCAUUAAAGGUAGGGGGAUAGAGGACAAUGUGAUUCUUGUUAAAGAAAUGGCCCAUUUAUUUCAUAAGGCUAAAAAAAGGAAUAAGUUGAUGGCCUUAAAGUUGGAUAUUUCAAAAGCUUACGAUAGUCUAGAAUGGGACUUCAUUCGGGACACUCUAAUUCACUUUGAUUUCCCUGAUAAUAUUAUUUCCCUUAUUAUGUCAUGUAUUACUUCUUCUUCUUCAAUUUCUGUUCUUUGGAAUGGGAAAAUUUGUGAUAAAUUUUAUCCCACUAGAGGUAUUCGUCAGGGAGAUCCCUUAUCUUCUUAUAUUUUCGUAUUAUGCUUGGAUAGACUUUCUACGAUAAUUGAGGAACAAGUUAAUUUAGGAGUACGGAAACCAAUCAACAUCACUGAGAACAUAAGGAUUUCUCAUGUCUUCUAUGCGGGCGAUGUUUUCCUUUUUAGCAAAGCCUCGAGUAAUAACUUGAAACACAUAUUAGGUGUUCUAGAGGAUUUUGGGCAGAGGUCAGGCCUUAGGAUUAUCAUGAGAAAAUCUUCUCAAAUUUUCCCAGCUUCUUUACACCAUUCAGUUAGACAUGAUAUUGCUGCUUCUCGUGUUUCAAAAUUUCAACUUGUUUUGACUAAUAUUCUUCCAGCUUCUACUGUGUAUGAUUUAGAGAAACGCAAUAGAAAGUUCUUGUGGAAUAAAACUGAUAACAAUAGAUAUUUAUCAAGAAUCUCUUGGGAUAAGAUCACUAGUUCUAUUGAUAAUGGAGGUUUAGGUAUCCGUAGAUUGAGGGAGUGGAAUUUGUCCUUCAUGGCAAAAUUGGGUUGGACUAUUCUAACCUGCCCUCACAAACUCUGGGUUCGGGUUUUUAAGGAAAAGUAUAUUAAAAAAUCAAACUUCAUGGAUUGCAUUCCAAAUAGUAGCCAUUCACCGUUAUGGAGAGAUAUUCUUAAAGGACGAGAGGUUCUCAAAAAGGGAAUGAUUGUUAAUAUUGGGAAUGGGAAGAGCACAUCCUUAUGGUUUCACCAUUGGAUUGGGGAUGGUCCUUUAUACACUUUUGAGGGGGUUAAUGUGCCAGACUCCAAAGCUCAUUGGUUUGUUAACAGGAUCAUUAGACAUGGGAAAUGGUAUUUAAAUGACAUACAACACUUGAUUCCUGAUAGCAUUAAAAAUCUUAUUUUAGCUUAUCCCCUUUCUACUAAUGAUGAUGAGGAGGACUUUAUUAGAUGGCAGUAUUCUAAAACAGGAACUUUUACUAUUAAAUCUGCUUAUUAUCUUCAAUUACACAACUCUUUUCCUACAACUAAUAAGGACUCUACCUUUUGGAAGUCAAUCUGGAAAGUUAAAACUCCAUAUAAAUACAGAAUGUUCCUCUGGAAUUGUGUACAUGAAAUCCUGUCAGUGGCGAAGAAUUUAAAUAAAAUUAUCCAUCAAAUUAGCCCUACUUGCUCAAGAUGCCAUUCAGAGCAGGAAACUCAUAUGCAUCUCUUUAGAGAUUGUGCUCAAUCAAGUAUAUUAUGGUCUUUCAUUUUUCAAAGGAUUUGGCAAAUUCCGAAUUUUGAUCUUAAAGCUUUUUAUGGUCUACAAUGGAAGGACUGGAUUAGAUUUAACCUAUCUUGCUCAAUGAAUUGGAGAGUGAUUUUUUCAGUGGCCAUCUGGCAUAUCUGGAUCUCUAGGAAUACAGCUAUUUUUGAAUUAAAAAUGAAGAACUGCUUCUCUCUUUAUAAUGCUUUUUUUGUGGAUUAG